GAAAAACAGAAGUUAAAAAAACUUGCUACCACACCGAUUGAGAUCCAUCAUUAAGGCUAUGAGAAUCUGCAAUAAGAACCUCCGCCUUCAGGACAUCACCAUCAUGUACUUCACAGCCCUGGCUGCUCUAAUGGUCAUCUUGGUGGCUUCGUAUCAGGCGCCCACCAAUGCUAUCGAGUUGUCCGACCUUAAAUCGAACCCUUCCAGCCCUCUCCCGCCUCUUCCCAUGCCCUUCCGCGUACCCCUUGACCCACGCGGGGAUCUCCAGCUGGCCUGGAACAUCAGCUACGCCGACCAGGAGGUUUACAUGGAGCUGAGGGUGGCAGACAUCAAACAUGGCGUUGUCCUGGGGAUGUCCGACCGCGGGGAGCUGACCAACGCUGACCUGGUGGUGCUCUGGGACUCUGGAGCUAAUAGCUACUUUGGGGAUGCGUGGAGCGACAGUGAGGGUCACGUUUCUUUGGACAGCCAACAAGACUACGAGUUGAUUGAGGCCAAACACAAAACAGACGGAUUCUACCUGCUUUUUAAGAGACCGUUCAGUACCUGUGAUCCCAGAGACUACCUUAUAGAGGAGGGAACUGUGCACAUCAUCUAUGGAUUACUGGACGAACCACUUGCCUCACUGGAUCAGCUGAACCUGUCCCGGAUCCACACAGGAGUUCAGAGGGUGCUGAUGCUGCGCCCGGACACGCCGUCACCCACCCUGCCUCCAGACGUGCAGACGCUGGAUGUCGUGGCGCCAAAUGUCGUCAUCCCGAAUCAAGAGACCACCUACUGGUGCUUCAUACAGACGCUGCCUGAAAACAUGCCAAAGAACCACAUUAUUAUGUAUGAGUCAGUGAUAACUCCAGGUAACGAGGCCAUCGUGCAUCACAUGGAAGUGUUCGAAUGUUCUCCGGAUAUCCGCGACGUUCCACAGUACAGCGGCUCCUGUGAUGACAAGAUGAAGCCGGGCAAGCUUAACUUCUGCCGUCAUGUGCUCGCUGCAUGGGCAAUGGGUGCUGAGGCUUUUUAUUAUCCUCCUGAUGCAGGGCUGCCUAUGGGUGGAUCAGGUUCCUCAAGGUUCCUUCGUCUGGAGGUCCAUUACCACAACCCUCUCCUUAUAUCUGGCCGUCGAGACUCAUCGGGGAUACGGUUGCAUUACACGCCGAGUCUGAGGCGGUACGAUGCAGGAAUCAUGGAGCUGGGCCUCGUUUAUACUCCCAUCAUGGCUAUCCCACCCAAACAACACAACUUCUACCUCAGUGGAUAUUGCACCUCCAAGUGUACCAAGACAGCUUUUCCUCCAGGAGGAAUCCAUGUAUUUGCGUCCCAGCUGCACACCCACCUGGCGGGGCGUGGGGUGAGGACAGUUUUGGUCAGGGGAGGCAAAGAACUGGAGGUGGUACAGGAGGACCAGCACUUCAGUACACACUACCAGACGAUCCGAGUUCUAAAGGAAAUGACAAAUGUUUUACCCGGUGAUGUUCUCAUAACAAAGUGUACUUACAACACCGAAGAUAGGAGCAAGCCUACAGUGGGAGGUUUUGGCAUCAUGGAGGAAAUGUGUGUUAACUACAUUCACUACUACCCUCGAACUGAGCUGGAGCUCUGCAAGAGCCACGUUGACCCAGAAUACCUGCAGAAAUACUUUAACUUCAUUAACAGGUUCCACGGAAAGGACCAGUGUGUGUGUGGUGAGGUUGAUGUGACGGAGCAGUAUUCUCAGCUUCAGUGGGACGCGUUCACUGGAGAAGUGCUGGACUCCCUUUAUAACACAGCACCCAUCUCCAUGCACUGCAACCAGUCGAGUGCACGCCUCUUUCCUGGAGACUGGGACAAACAGCCCGUACCGGUGGUUACCGCCAUCCUUGAAAAACCUCGCUACCCUUGUGAGGGAGGAGCACAACCAACCAGCCGACCCCUUACACCCGCCGUCUGAGCUGAGGAGGGGCAUCUGGGGAUAGAAGACGUCCUCUUUUGGGUUUUCUGACACCGGCUGUGAUUAUAUGCUUAUCAAUGUUAUUAUCAUUAC